AUGGAAUCCCUCCCUGAUCACAUUCUUCAAUACAUCUUGUCCAAUAUCAAUAAUGCCCGUGAUGUGGCAGCUUGCAAUUGUGUUUCCAAGGGAUGGAAGGACUCAAUGGCUUAUAUCAGAUCUCUCUACUUUCCUCGCAACUCAUUUGAUAACCUUGCUGGCAAUGAAAGUUCUGACAACAUUAUUAAAAGAAUGGUAUCAACAGUUGUGAGAUUACAAGAGCUAGUUGUAUAUAGCCCUUUCUCUUGUUUUGGCCUUGCUUCAUGGCUAUCACAUGUAGGUCUAUCUCUUUCUCGACUCGAGCUUCGAAUCGAAAACUUUGGUAACAGCCGGGAAUUCUUUAUAAGCGGACCAAAAUUGGAUUGCAUUGGUGCAGCAAGGAAUUUGAAAUCUCUAAAACUGUGGCGUGUCGUAAUGAUAAAUUAUUUACCACAAUGGGAUGUCUUCCAAAACCUUAGGACCCUUGAAAUAAUUGGUUCAGCAUUGGAGGCUCAUGUAUUGACUGCGGUGCUUCUGUCAUGUCCAUAUCUGACAAGAUUGUCACUGCUUGGAUGUGAUGGGGCUAGAGCAUUCUCAAUCAACCUGCAGUAUUUAGAGCAGUGUAAGCUGAUCUUUAGAGGUUAUGGGAACUUUUCACUUUCACUAACCUCCCCGAAAAUUGAAUCCCUUGAGGUACACGGCUGUAAUUGGAUUAGGGUCCCUGAAACCAAGAAUUUGAGGACUCUUUCAAUAUCCAACACUUCAGGGAAAGUAUACAUAGUUGAUUUCGGACACCUUACAGCUCUGGAAUUCCUAUCUAUGAGGGGGGUCCAGUGGCGCUGGGAAUCAAUAUGCAAAAUGCUGAAAUUGGCAAGUGAGGUGAAGCAUCUUUAUAUGAAGAUUGAAUCCGUUGCGGACUAUGUGGGUUUUUAUCCCUUUCCGGAGAUUGAUUUUGUUGAUUUUUUCAACAACCAUCCCAAGCUGCGCAAGUUUGAUAUCCAUGGAGGCAUGUUUGCAGCACUAUGCCAGAGGAACAGUCUGAAACAUGUGGAUCCAGGAUUUGUGAUUCCAUGUUUGGAGGAGGUUGUGAUCACAGUGAAAACAUCACUAAAUGGUGGGGAAAAAAUUAGUACUCUAGAAUCCUUGUUGAAAUAUGGGAAAAAUCUAAGGACCAUGGUAAUCAGGAUUCUUCAGAUGAACUACUCUCAGUCUUAUGUCAGUGCUGAUGAUUUUUUUAAUAAGAUUUGCCGGUUGAGAUACUUGAACCACGAGAUAGUUCGAAUAGAAUAA